AUGCCAGGGUUUUCGCCCGAGCAGGCCGACUCGAUAACGGCAGCAUGGAAGAAACGCAAGUGGGACCAUGAGGAGUCGAGGACUCUAGCACGUCCAGCAACAUAUGUCUCAUCCUGUCGAGUCGAUCGGCCCGAAUACGACGGUGGCUGCUCAUUGCCUCUAUCGCGACACCCAGACGGAACAGACAUCUCCUUCCGACCACGCUGCCUCCCUCGCAAGCGCCGACAUGUCCAAGGCCCUUAUCUUACGCUGCCAUCCCACCAGCAUCAACAUCAACUCCAACACCAACAAUCCCCAACCCACCUUUCCCCAAACGUCUACGGCAUCCCAAAUCAAGACCCAUACUCACCCCCAGUCUCCCCCAAAACCCUCGUCCCGUUGCACUACCCAACCCAACAAUCCGCCUCCCCCUCCGCGCUCCGCCCCUGCCACAUCUGUCACCGCCGCCCAACAACCCGCCAAGUCCUUGACGCCUACGCAGACUGCGAUCUUUGCCACGAACGGGCAUGCUUCAUCUGUCUCCGACAAUGCGACAGCGCAUCCUGCGGUGGGACAUUUGGUCUGUUCCAAGAUCCAGGCAUGCACAUGCACAUGCGCACGAGCUCAACCGACGACACCAGCUACGACGCCAGCGAGGCACCCAGGAGGAAAAUCUGCUCCGGCUGUGCUGUGGAGGAAGUCACCGAGACCGGUGCGGAGAUUGUGCGUUGUCUUGACUGCGUGCGUGGUGCGGGCUCGUGGGCUUCGGCGGCUAUUCCGUCUGAUUGGGCUUUGGAUGAUAUGCGGCAUGAGGAUAUGACUGGGUGA